UUCAUCCUACAGUCUACAUAGUACACAUUCAUAACAAACAUCAACAAGUUCUAGUUCAAGUUCAAGUUCAAGUUGUCCGUAUCUCGGUAGCAAAUGAAACCCAAAGGUUGGCACGAUUUGAGAAGACGAAUGAAAUGCUCGUAAAUUGCAACGCGUUGGCAGCAGCCCGUGUUGACUAUGCUCAUCUGGAAUUCCGACGUCACACGCAACUUCUAGUAGAAAUGAAGAAAGAUUUAGACAUUGUAUUCAGAAGAAUAAGGAAACUGAAAGUAAAUCUUGGCAAGAGAUACCCGGAAGCUUUUGCAGCUUGCAGUCCUGUCGGGUCGCCGGACGACGAGGAAGAUCCAUCUCAUCCGAGCGUAGGCGCGCAGCCUCCAGGUCGCGAGGUCGCAUCGCGCGACGCCGUGCAGGGUCGCUCCGCCACCGCCUCCGCGAAAGAUCUGGCGAGCACGCGAAGUUUGUCGGCGACGUCCUGAGAUGGAUUCAACACCACGCUGCUGCCCGUUAAUGUUGCCACGGCGACUAUAGCAGGUGUAUCCGCGACGUCCUGAAAGCUGCACUUUGGGAGAGCGAUCCAUCGCCGUGCGAGCGCGUCGCGGCCGGCUAACAUGGCGACGGCGACUAUCACGUGAUUAUCGGCGAUGUUGUAGUAGGGGCAGGCUCGACGUGAGGUCCGUGCGUGGGUCGUGAGCGAGCGGGGUCGAGUCGCGUGGCUGUAGCUUUCGUGGCGAGGGACCGUCAGACGCGGAGUCGUCGGGGCAAUGCGGUUCGAGUCUACACCAGCGCCGUUUACCCAUUUCCCGUCCGUACGUUGACUACCCAGUAGAGAGAUGUAAUGGUGCGUAAUGUGUGGAUGAGACCAGCCACAGAGAUGUAGAGGUGUAGCAGUGUAAGGACGACUGAGAACGGAGAGUAAGCAAUAUCGCGCACGUGUGGAGAACUUCAGGUAGUGAUGUAAUCGUGUCUUGGUGUGUUAAAAAUUAAGUACGUUGAGAGAGAGGUGUCUUCGUGUUUGCACGACUGAGAAGAGAAAGUUAGAGGUGUCCCAAUCUGUUGGUGACGGAGAAUAGAGAGAUAGAGGUGUCUCAAUAUAUAGGUGACUAAGAACAGAGAGAUAAUGGUCUCGCGAUUUGUGAACAACAGAGAAUAGAAGGGUAAUAGGGCCUUGGUGUGUAGACGACUGAGGUCGGGGAUGAAGUGAUGUCUUGGUUUGAUUUCUGUGUGAAUGCAGGACUGAGAAUGACGAUAAAGAGAUGUUUCAAUGAGUGAACAAGCCAUCGCAGUGGUGUAAUGAUAACAAAGCAUGUAGACGACUGAGAAUAGAUGGUAGGUGGUACCAUAAUGUCUGGUCGAGUGAAAUAGGGAGGAAGUGGGUCUCUCUAUGCGUGGAGAAAGCACUACAAUAAUGUAAUAAUGUGCAAUAAUGUCUUGGUAUUUUGGGCACGCCUGGGCCAGCCCAGCAUUAAUGAGAAAAGCUGAUAUUAAAUUCUAGCAGCGUUGUGAUUCGUGGUACAUUUUACCACUGGAUUACUGAGUGACAGCCAAAAAUUCAUUCUUUUUGGCAUUUUUGGUACAUUGGGAAUAUGUUUUCAGUCGGAGUAUGGCGGAAACCAUUUUAUCUUAUUUGUCUCGUUCUGGUACCGUAACUGUAAUCCACUCAUCAAAUUGUGAAAUAAAAUUUGCUGCAAUUUGGAUAUA